AUGGGACAGCUGAAACCAAUCCAUUAUGAUCAACAAACUGUCAGGCAGCUCUCACAUGAGAUUAUAAUCGCUUCAUGCGUAGGAGCGCUAUACGGAGCAGCCAUCAGUAUAUCGACAGCAUUAUUAAUGAGGAGGUAUUCUAGUGUAUAUCGAAAUGUUAAGAAUCAGGUACGUGUGUUUUACCACUGCUCCUGGAUUAGUAUGGGGGCCGUGUUCAAUGCUGAUAAGCAAGUUGUAAGAUUUCAAGGUAAGUACUAUGCUAAUGAAAUGAAAAGGAGGGAAAGGAUCCUUGAUGAAGCAGCUGAACGGGGAAUCUUUCUUGAGGAGGAUGAUGUUGUUUUAUCCACUGCGGGUAAGAAUUGA